GUUUUAAUGAUUCAAAUGAAAUGUUUUGUUUGUGUGGUUUGAAAAUGUGUUCAAUUCAGUAGUGUUUUGGCAUCAGUUGAAGGCAUGUGUCGGUCGUAUGUUAUACGCGAUCGUGAGGUUGUGUUAUAGCGCUCCUAACCUAACCUAAUCCUAUCGGCGAUAGCAUCACAUGUGUUGACCCAAUGAAUGGUGUGUUUUAAUGUCAGUUCUGGCCAUUCAUUGGCGACAAUCCAUACGUAACUGACAUUAACGUCGGACUCAUGUCUUCCGCCAAUCACUGCUUCAAUCGUCACUCAAUUGUAUUCAAAGCAUGAGUUAAACGCUUUGGACAACACUUUCGUAGAGUAAACGCCAGCUUUCAUUACAUAUCAAAACUACAUUCAAAGACAUUAAUGUAUGAAAAUUGUAUGAAAGCUUACAGUGAUUGUCACGUAUUGUCGCAAUUGUUGAAUAAAUGCCAUUCCAAGAGCUAAACUCCCAUUACAAUGAGUUUAGUAGCGGUGGUAAUGGUAUUGAUUUCAUCAUACAAUUUAGUUUUGUGUGAAUCGUCCGAAAGUAACGACACUUCACAGACAUGUACUGCACAUAUGUUGUGUCCGAAUACCGAUUACGGCUCGCAUUCGCCAUAUAUUCCAUGCAAUUAUCUACCGAUUGAAUUCUUGGAGUGCGAAGAGCCGUACGAUCACAAGGGAAACGAAACGGCCAGACGUGAUAUGGGAUACGGAUGUAGUAAAUUUGGGGGUCAGAAGUACGAAGACAUGCAGUUUACUAAACGAAACUGUACUGUUUUGGACGGCAUUCAAUGUUUGGGCGAUAAAAGCUUCUGGAAAGACGGCUUUCCUUGUGUUAAAUAUUCGGGUCAUUAUUUUGUGACAACAUUACUGUAUUCACUAUUACUGGGGUUUCUAGGAAUGGAUCGGUUCUGUUUGGGACACACGGGCACAGCUGUGGGCAAACUGUUAACAUUGGGAGGGGUAGGCAUUUGGUGGAUCGUCGACAUUGUACUCCUCGUCACCGGACAUCUAAUGCCCGAAGACGGCAGCAAUUGGAUGACUACUGCCUGACACGCUUUGUAUCAUAAUUUCUAAGUAAUAAUUAUAGUCAUUAUUAUAAAUACCA